UAAGUGGGCCGGUGCGAGACUUGAGCUGAAUUUCUUCCAAUUGUAAUAUAAUGGAAGGUGCGAAGAACCCAGCUAUUGAUGUUGUAAUUCUUUAGAAUGCACUAACUGGACAAUAAACCAAGAUGGAUUUCAAUAGGGUCCUGUCCCUCUCACUUGGCCUCGUUGCGGGGAUAUUGUUUGCUAUCGUUUGGAGCAAAUACGAAGAUUUCUCGUCUGUACUGGACACCAAACUCCAAUCUUACUCCGAAUCAAACUCUGGGGAAAGUCAGGGAAAAGGAAAUAGAGACCAGAGAAAUGACAGAAUCAACAAAUUCCUCCACGGGCAGCGUACAAACGCUGGCAAUCAUCAAACAGGAGUCUCAAAAAAUGGAUUGCAAUAUGGCGUGAAUGGAAAAAGUUUUUACUUCACAUUUGAUAAACCAGUGACGAAUCCCGGCAUGGGAUCCCAAAAGACAGAAGAACAAAUCGAGAUUGCAAGUUGGCAGAUGUUUGAUCCGCAAUAUGAUGCCAAUAAGUUGAAGUCUGCAUUAUCAGUCUUUUGUGUCAUCACAGUCGGGGGUUCGGGUAUACCAUCGUAUGGUAAGUCCUUGUUUCAGUCAUGGACGUCACACUGUAACGACUUUGUCAUAUUGAGCAAUACCGAUGAUGGGAAAUAUAAUGUGAAGAAUGCCCAUCUGCCCGAUGGGCCUUCAAAGUCAUGGGAGAGGACAAAGAACGUCAUGAGUUACGUUGUACAAAAACACCCAAAUUUUGAUUGGUAUGUAAAAGUUGAACAUGAUGUUUUCUUAGUCUUGGAGAAUUACCGCUACAUGCUUCUCAUGCAUCAGGCGUACUUGCCGGGUUUCGCAGGGCACGUGUUAACCGGUACCAACCAGCGUGGUUCGAUCGUAGCUCUGAGCAAAGAGGCAGCCAUCCAAGCCGUGAAGGUCUUCCCAAAGUGUGGCAGUCUGUACGGAGGCAAGGAGGACUUCAGAGAGCUUGAAGCAUGCCUUCGUCAAGCUGGGAUCAGUUCCCGUCAAGAUGGUCGUGAUGGCAAAGGGGUUAGUCGUUUCCAGAUGGUCCUUGUGAAACCUUCAUUACCUCUCAAUGCUCACCAAUCUUUAGACUGGGUGUGGAGGUACAUCGAUAAGCCAGAGAAGCUGGGAGAGGAUGAAUGCUGUAGAGACUACCCUGUAAGUUUUCAUAACUUGUCCCCAAACAGUCUUUACCUGAUGGAUUACAUGGUGUACCAUAUGAGACCGUUUGGAAUCGGGAACUAUGUCUGCCCAGUAGAACAGGAUAAGACAGGAUAGAGAGUUCUGAAUACACUCAAGAUAAUUCACCGUUUGCCUACAGAUUGAUCUACCAGCCGGCUGUUCCAUGCAUAAUUGAUUUUUUUUAUUCCACUAUCAGGUAUGAUCUAUUUCAUCAGCAUUCUCAGUGGUCAAGGUAUCAGACAGCUUUCCUUGAUUUUUGAUUUGCUGACGAGCACUUUUACCGUGGCAACUGUCGGAUGAAAUGUCUGACUUCUUUUCUGACAUACUCCCCUAUAGAAUCCACCCCAACACCAAUAAUAAUGAUAACAGCUGGAUUUUUAAAGCUCUUUUUGCCUUGCCUGAGGAUACAAAGCGCUGCUACUAUUAUUACCCCAGCUAUAGCCAUGCUCCCUACUGGGUACUCGCCUCACCUUGGUUGAGUGUACUACGAUGUAGGUGAAUUUCUUGCUGAAGGAAAGCAGGCCAUGGCUGGGAAUCAAACCCACGUCCCUCAGAUUUAAGGACGAGAGUCGUAACCCCUAGACCAUAACGCCCCCGCAAGUCAGUUUGAGUAAGCUUGUCCAGAAACAGCACUGAAAAAUUCAUCAAAAUCAAAUAUUGCAUGUCAAAGUUGUGACACUUUAAGGGGCACAUCAACUAGUUUUAAAAGAGGGCAUAGCCUUUUGGCUGUAAAUUUCAGGGGAAGGGCCUUGCGUCCAGUCGAAUCUUCUGCAUGGCAGUCAAUGAAUUUGCAACUGUUGGAUUGAUGAGUUAAACCUAUAAAAUUGAUGGGGGUUUUUACUUUGAUUUUCCCCCAAAGAUUUUUCCCAAGCAAGAAGAGAUUUUCCAUUUACCUUUAUUGUAUUAAAAGAUAUACAUGUACAUUUACAUAUAUUUCGUAGAAAUUUACAAGGUGAUGAAAUAAUAAUUAUAUAUUUACCUAAGAUGACCUUAUAUAUAUUUUGUAGUUCAAUGCUUUAACAGCUAGGCUUUAACAUGUUUAUAACAGGUAUCAAAACAAAUAUUGUUCAAUCCAGCAAUGGAUAUGAGGAAUUCUGGAAAGAUUGCAUUUAGGAUCAAAAAUUUUGAGUGAAAUAUACAACAAGUGGGUCAUUUCACAUACUUGCUGAGAGCAAGACUACAGCAGACUACAUAUCGUCGCACGCAUCACAAACCGUCCUCUCUGCGCACUUCAAUGCGAAAGUUAGUUUUGCAGAA